AUGUGCUACAGCGCUGUUGUGCAGGCCUUGGCACGCGCAGGGGAGGUCGAGGAGGCCAGGAAGCUGUUCGAGGAGGCUGCGAGCUCUGGGAAGGACCUGAGCAGCGGCUGCAUCGCGGUGUUGGUCGGCGCUUGCCAGCGCGCUGGCGACUUCGAGGGCGCGGCGCGCUGGCAGAAGGACCAGAGGCGGCGUGCCGCGGCGUGCAGCUCGGCCACGGGCGCUCCGCGGGGGGCGCCCGGCAGCAAGGCCGCGGCAGGAGGCCCUGAGCAGCCGAGGAGACCCCACAAGCUGAAAGGAUUGGUCGAAGUAGUGAUUUGCAUCGGGCAUUGA